GUGAUGAUCUGUGAGAGCACAUUAUUUAGGCACUACCCUCUGUGCCAGGAGGAGCUCUUACUUUCAUACUGGGACUUUAUUUUUGUAAAUAAAUCCACAUGGGAUGUAUUAUAAAAGUUUAAUGUGGACCCUCCUUUAGAUAUUUGAACUACAAGAGAAAUCAGGGUUUAAAAAAAUCAGACUUUUUGAAGUUUUUCAGCCGUUUAAAAGAACUCCCUUCUCCACAUCAGCAUCAUGAAGGAACUUGUGCUGCUGUCCAUCCUGGCUCUGUGCUCUGCAAAGCCCUACACGCCAAUUAGAAUCAUGGAUUUCAUGAAGACCAAUGAGAUCAUGCUUCAGGACGCCGGGGAUGAUGAUGAUGAUGACAAUAACAACUCUAUAUUCCCAACCAGGAGAGCGAGAUCAACACCUCCAUCUUUUCCCACCUGCCCAUUUGGGUGUCAUUGCACAAUGAAAGUAGUCCAGUGCUCUGAUCUUGGUUUGACAUCAGUGCCAAAAGACAUCCCUGCAGAUUCUUUAAUGAUUGACCUUCAAAACAACAAAAUAACUGAAAUCAAGGAGAAUGAUUUCAAGGGGAUGAAAAAUCUCUAUGCAUUAUUUUUGAUCAACAACAAGAUAUCAAAGAUCCACCCAAAGGCUUUCCGUCAUUUGAAUAAGCUACAGCUGCUUUACAUCUCCCAUAACCUGCUGACACAAAUUCCUGCCAACCUGCCUAAAACUGUACUGGAAUUGAGACUCCACGAUAACAAGAUCAGCAAAGUCCAAAAGGAAGCCUUCAAAGGAAUGAAGUCCUUGCAUGUUCUUGAGAUGAGUGCAAAUCCACUUGAAAACAGCGGGAUCGAACUAGGAGCUUUUGAUGGCAUGUCUUCGCUUUUUAUGAGGAUCGCAGAGACAAGGCUAACUGCUGUUCCUAAAGAUUUGCCUUCCUCCCUUCAUGAGCUUCACCUGGAUUACAAUAAGAUUGGAAAAGUGGAACUUGAAGAUUUUAUAAGAUACAAAGAUCUUCAGAGACUUGGACUUGGACAUAACCAGAUCAAAUCUGUUGAAAAUGGAAGCCUAGCCUAUAUCCCUAAUAUAAGAGAACUUCACCUGGAUAACAACAAACUCAAAAAAGUUCCUGCUGGUUUAGCAUCCCUGAAAUACCUACAGGUUGUUUACCUCCACUCUAACAAUAUUUCUGGUGUGGGUGUGAACGAUUUCUGCCCAACAGGGGGCCAUGUGAAAAAGUCCCCCUAUUCUGGCAUCAGCCUCUUUAACAACCCUGUGAAAUACUGGGAUGUACUGCCAGCAGCCUUUCGCUGCGUCUCCAUCCGCAUGGGCGUCCAGCUGGGGAAUUCCAGGAAGAGGAAGUGAAACCCUGAAUGAUAGUCUAAAGGUUUAGCAGUCAAACAAGCCUGUUUACGAAAUUCUAAUAUAAACUAAAAUAAUUACUUGAAUGUCUACAGUAUAAAUUCAACAGACAUUGUAAAGCCUUACCUGCAGUGUAGAAAUGUGUACUUUUUAUCUGAAUGGUCUGGGUUUUAAAAGAAAUCCACCAUGACUUCAAAACACUCAAUCAGGUAAAAAAUGAAGUAGACAAACUUUUUGGAUAGUGCCUUCUUCAGUGUGGCAUUGUAGUACCAUACUUUAGUACACUGGAAAAGGCACUACGUUUGUCUAAAAGAAAUCCACCCUUCUUUUGAUUGCAAAAACAUGGCCAAGACGUAUAUCAGUAGUCAUGCUAUUGUAUCUUUACUGACUUGAACAUUUCUCAAGGAAUUAUCUUAAAAGACAAACAACCUGUCUGAUGAUACCUGCUUUUCAUAUUUCAAGCAAUACCCAGCAAGAACGUCUGAAAAUACAAAGCAGGAACUUUCAAAUCAACAAGCAUAACUGUGAUGUUCCAGAAUUAGAUUUUUCUUAUCUAAAGCAUUUAUACUUUGGAACAAUGAAGUGCUUGGUUUUAAAAGACAAACUUGAGUUGGCAGGAGUUGCUAUCACUGCACCACUCUUCUGAUACUUCCAACUGUAUGUAGCCAAGUCAUGUCUUUAAAGCUUUUCCUUUGCAUGCAUGCAUAUUAAUACAUGUCUUCUAGUAAACCUUUUCUGUUGCAUGCAUAAAUAUUAAUAAUGUCUUUUAUGAUCCCCUUUGGCUCCCUUAUUGUAGAGAGAUGUUAAAUUACAAACCUUUUCAAGCUGAAAAAGGCAUUGAACCACACCAGCUGUUUAUAAAGAUUGCUCUUGUAUGCAUUUUUGUUGUCUAACUUAGUGUGUAUUCUAAGGUAAGUUCUGAGCUCAAACUCAACAUUAUUAAUUUCUAUUGCCCGCCCCCCAAUAAAUGCUGUUGUUAUAUGAUUCUAAGCCAUUCCAAAUAGAAUUGUAAUUCGUGUAAUUUUUAAAUGUUUUGAUUCUGAUCAGCAGAUGGCGAUAUAGUUCCACAAAAAGAAAAAGCUUUGAUUUUCCUAAAGAUUUACUGUACUUCAAUUGGCAUUGAAGUAGUCAAAAAAAGUUAGAUGCUACUUUAACAUACUGAUAACACAUGAAAUGUUCUCUUUGAAACAUCUCUUAAUGAAAAAAAAAAAAAAAAAAAAAAAAAAACUUUUAAUAUGCUGACCAGCAAAAGAAACAUACAAGGUACAGACCCCUAUGGUUGUCACUGACAAUGAAAAACACAAAUUGGACAUUACACUUUUUUUUCUAUUAAAAUAACAUAAAAACCUUGAAGUCUGUAAAGUGUUAAUUUUUGCAUAUUGAGAUUCUCAGUGAAUUUACCAAAAAAAUAGAAGACACUAUCUAUCCUGGUCUGUCUAUAUUUUUAAGCAACCUCAACAGCUAACAGCAUGAGAAGUGUAUCUUUGCAGAUGAAAUGCUGUUAUUUUGUUGCUAUCUGAAUACAACUUGAACAGCAAAUAAAAACAGUUAGAAAAAUUA